CCCAGCGGUUUCUAAAACAUGAAAAAGCUCUCUAUACCCUUAUUUCCUCUCUUCCCAGAGUUGAGCUUCCUGUGACGGACAUACGGAGAGAUAAGAAAAGAUGGUCAAGUCGGAGCUUCCAGCUUCGUUAGCGCUCACCAUCGGACUUGCUUGUAUUCACGCCCUCUGUCUCAUCGUAAAGUCUCAGGAUCAACCUAAAACUGAUCCGAUUGAAGUAAGCGCUUUGAAUUCCAUCUUUCAAAAAUGGGGAAUCUCAGCUAUUGAAUCAUGGAACAUUAGUGGAGAACCAUGUAGCGGAGCAGCCAUUGAUGACUCCACUUAUAUUCACUUCCGCUAUGCAGAAUUCAACCCAGCGAUCAAAUGCUCUUGCGACUACAAUAACAGAACUACCUGUCACAUUAAAAAACUGAAAGUAGAUGGCUUGGACAUCAAGGGGGUUAUUCCAGAAGAACUGUCCAAGCUGGCUUAUCUCACAUACUUGAAGCUGGAUAGAAAUUAUUUAACAGGUCCAAUACCUGCAUUUCUUGGCAAUUUAUCUGCAAUGGAAUCCAUGUCAUUUGGUACGAAUGCAUUGUCUGGAAACAUCCCAGCAGAGCUUGGAAAACUAACAAAUCUAAAAUUACUGGCUUUUGGUUCAAAUAAUUUUUCUGGGCCACUCCCUCCAGAAAUUGGGAAUUUAGUCAAACUCGAAGAGAUAUACAUGGAUAGUUCUGGGGUGAGUGGUGAAAUUCCUUCAACAUUUGGUAACCUAGUAAACAUACGGAUUAUGUGGGCAUCAGAUAAUAACUUUACGGGCAUGUUACCUGAAUUUAUUGGGAACUGGACAAAGCUUAAAACUUUGAGACUCCAAGGCAAUUCUUUUGUAGGUCCAAUACCAAAAAGUUAUUCAAAAUUGACCUCAUUAUUAGAUUUGCGAAUAAGUGAAUUGUCUAAUGCAAGUUCAACCUUGGAUUUCAUUAAGGAUAUGAAGGUCUUAAGUACAUUGAUCUUGAGAAAUAAUAUGAUUUUGGGUACUAUUCCAUCUAAUAUUGGCGAGUAUCAAAAUUUGCAAAUAUUGGAUUUGAGCUUCAACAAUUUAACUGGCCAGAUUCCAAGCUCUUUAUUCAAUUUGAGUUCUCUCUCUUUCUUGUUUCUCGGAAGCAACAAUCUUUCUGGUUCACUUCCUCCUCAAAAAAGUACAAAACUCCUCAAUAUAGACUUAUCGUAUAAUGGAUUAUCAGGAAACUUUCCUUCAUGGGUGACACAAGGUUUACAACUGAACUUGGUUGCAAACAAUUUUAUAUUUGACAAUUCAAAUUCUAGUCUUUUUUCUCCAGGUCUAGAAUGUCUUCAGCGAAAUUUUCCAUGCAAUGGAGGUUCUCCACGUUAUGCCAACUUUUCAAUCAAGUGUGGUGGUCUAGAUAUGGUAUCUCCUGCUGAUCGACUGUUUGAGAGAGAAAACGAAACUCUUGGACCAGCAUCAUAUUAUGUAACUGAUACCAAAAAAUGGGGAGUUAGCAAUGUUGGAUUGUUUGUUGAUAGACAGACACCUAGUUAUUUCCAAAGCACCGAUGGACAAAUUGAAGGUGCAGGUAUUUUAACCACUGAGUUCUUCCAAACGUCAAGGCUAUCUCCGGGAUCACUAAGAUAUUAUGGCCUAGGUUUGGAGAAUGGAAAGUACACAGUAAGCCUUUGGUUUGCAGAGACAAUAAUCAGCGAUGCAAGCUCACAAUCUUGGAAAAGUACUGGAAGGCGUGUUUUUGACAUUUAUAUACAGGGGAAUCUACGAUUAAAAGGCUUUGAUAUAAGAAAAGAGGCAGGUGGGGCCUCUAACAAAGCCGUUCAAAAAGAAUUUACAGCUAAUGUAUCUGAGAACUUUCUUGAAAUUCAUCUUUUCUGGGCUGGAAAAGGUACUUGCUGCAUACCUGAACAAGGUGACUAUGGACCUUCUAUCUCUGCCUUGGCUGUAACAUCAGACUUCGUACCAACUGUUAGUGGCUUUCCACCAACAGCCACAGCCACAGCCACAGCCACAGCCACGAGGAGAAAGAUGGGAUUGAUUGUUGAACUAGUAGUAGGUGUUGUAAUUGCAAGCCUGCUGGUAAUUGUAAUAGCUUUUUACUUGAAAAGGAAAAGGUCAAGCAACAAUGAGGACAUAGAAGAGUUUAUUACAAUAGGUCCCAAGCCAAACACAUUCAGUUAUGCUGAACUGAAAAAUGCUACAGAGGACUUCAAUCCCAACAACAAGCUAGGAGAGGGGGGAUUUGGACCAGUUUACAAGGGUACACUUUCGGAUGGGAGGGUAGUGGCUGUGAAGCAACUCUCUGUGGCAUCCCAACAAGGAAAAAGUCAGUUUGUAACAGAGAUUGCUACCAUAUCUGCAAUUCAACAGCGUAAUCUUGUGAAAUUAUAUGGAUGCUGCAUUGAAGGAGAAAAGCGCCUCUUAGUCUAUGAGUAUCUUGAAAACAAGAGCCUUGAUCAAGCACUCUUUGGGAAUACCACUUUACAUCUUGAUUGGCCAACCCGUUAUAAGAUAUGCUUGGGAACAGCAAGAGGGCUAGCUUAUCUUCAUGAAGAGUCAAGACCUAGGUUUGUACACAGAGAUGUUAAGGCUAGUAAUAUUCUUCUUGAUGCUGAUUUACAUCCCAAGAUUUCAGAUUUUGGUUUGGCCAAGCUGUAUGAUGACAAGAAGACCCACAUUAGCACCCGAGUUGCAGGGACAAUUGGCUAUCUCGCACCAGAAUAUGCUAUGCGUGGGCAUCUAACUGAGAAGGCUGAUGUGUUUGGAUUUGGAGUUGUCACUCUAGAGAUCUUUAGUGGGCGGCCAAAUUCUGACCCUAGUUUGGAUCGAGAGAAGAUAUAUCUCCUUGAAUGGGCAUGGAAUCUACAUGAAAACAACUGUGAACUUGAACUUGUUGAUAAAAAAUUGAGUGAGUUUGAUGAAGAAGAAGCCCGUCGACUUAUAGGAGUAGCUCUUUUAUGCACUCAGACAUCACCGGCAUUUCGGCCCUCCAUGUCACGUGUUGUGGCCAUGCUUUCAGGAGAUACUGAAAUUAGCAACGUUACAUCCAGGCCUAGUUAUUUAACAGAAUGGCAGUACAAUGACAUCACCAGUAGCUCUGUGAGUAACUCGAUGCCAAAAUCAACUAAUGAUCAAUUCAAGAUGUCAUCAGAUUCAAGCAUGGUGGAUGAACCAAGCCCCUCCAGGCAAAAUGAUGAUUCUCAACCAAUGAUCCAUAGUAUUAUUGGAGAAGGAAAUUGAUAAUUGGUUUCCAUGUUAUCUGAUAUUUGUCAUAAAUAUCAAUUUUCUAGCAGUUUUCUACUAAGGUCCACAGGUCUAUAAAGCUAGGGGUAGACCAAAAACGAAAUUGUUUAAGUAGUGAGAGGUGAUUCAAGAUCUGUAAUUUAACAAUGGAUACAGUACUCAACAGAGUAGAAUGGUGGAAGAAUACAUGUAGCGAUCUCAUUUGUUCAGGAUAAGAUGCAAACUUUUCAAUCAAGUAUGGUGGUCUAGCCAUGGCAUCUACUUCUGGCCGACUUUUUGAUAGAGAAAAUGAAACUCUGGGACCAGCAUCAUAUUAUGUAACAGAUACCCAAAAAUGGGGAGUUAGCAAUGUUGGACUGUUCAAUGAUAGAAAGACCCCAAGCUAUUUCCAAAACACCUUAUCACAAAUUUCAGGUGCAGGUAUUUUAACCACUGAGUUCUUCCAAACAUCAAGGCUAACUCCAGGAUCACUAAGAUACUAUGGCCUAGGUUUGCAGAGACAGGAAUCAUUGAUGCAAGCCCAGAUCAUUGGAAAAAUCUUGGCAGGCGUGUUUUCGACAUUUAAAUACGGGGGAAUCGAGAAUUAAAAGGCUUGGAUAUAAGGAAGGAGACAGGCGGAGCCUCGACUUUUGCUGUUCAAAAAGACUUUAAGGCAAAUGUGUCUGAGAAUUUUCUUGAAAUUCAUCUUUUCUGGGCUGGAAAAGACUUCACACCAAAUGUAAGUGGCCUUCCACCAACAACCACAGGAAGUAAGGGAAAGACAGGAUUGAUUGUUGGACUAGUAGUUGGUGUUGCAGCUGCAAGCCUACUGGCAGUUAUAGUUUUUUACUUAAAAAGGAAAAGAUGCCAAUGAGGAUGAAGAU